AUGUUCUUAUCUUAUUAUUCAUUUUGCAUAAAUUCAACUCAUUAUAAUGAGGUAUUUUUAGAUUAUGUUAAAAAUAAUAAAGAAGAUAAUGCUGUUGUAAAGGAUAUAAAAUGCGAUUCAAUACAAUCUAUUAAGGCUAUCUCUGGUGUUUUAUCUGCUGAGGACAUAUGUAAAGAAUUUGUGUUACUAUAUAAAUCUUUUAGUGAAUACCAUAACAAAUUAAGAACUCUAGAUAAAGAAAUAUUUUCAUUUGUCGAUUGUGAUUUCUUGAACUACUGGCUAAAUGAUAAAUUAAGAAAAAGUGUUAAAGAUGGUGAUGAAAUUGAUGUAAGAGGUUUUUAUAGAGAAAUAAAGAAUAAUAAUCCAAAAUUUUUUUCUGAUAAUGAAGGUUUGGAAAAUUAUAUAAAUAAUAUAGAUCCAGAAAUAUUAAAAAAUAUGAAAUUAUUAUAUGAUUUAUAUUACAAUAAGAAUAUAAUUUUAACUAUGUUAGACGGAGAUUACACAUAUCCCGAAAAUAAUCCAUGUUCAGAUUACACAAAGGAUUGUCAUGAAGAAUAUGAUAUAGCAAUAAAUAGGUGCUAUGGUGUUUAUGAUGAAUUUUAUAAGGCACUAAAGGAUUUUAAAAAUGAUUAUAAUUCCAUAUUUAGGAUAAGCACUAAAGAUGAAUAUAAUUGUAGAGGGAACAAUCAAUAUCUAUUAAUGGAGUACGAUCCUGUUCUAGAAAGAUAUAGAGAAGAGAAAAAAAUCAUGCUAAUUCAAGGAUUAACUAUCUCCCUAAUACCCUUACUCAUAAUUCCACUGAUAUAUAAGGUUAAAAAAUAUCAUUGA